AUGGCUUCUUCCGCUAAUUCUCAAAACUCGCCAGACAAUGGCUCUGGCACCCAACCCCCUACAUCCCCAUCACUUACAGUGCCUCGCCUCACUUAUGCAAAAGUGGCGCAAAAGCACCGUCAAUCUUUAAUGCAAAAAGAACACGAGACCAUCACCACACCUGACGACACUGAUGCUCAAAAAACAACCAAGAUCAUUUAUUCCAAUGUUUUCCGUGUUGGAGGAUCUCCCGCUUCGGUCCCUAGUGUCUUCUUCGACCUAAGCAGCCGCACCGAACCCCUUGGAAAACUGAUGACUUUUAUCGGCCGUACCUUUCCCAAUAAUUGUGGAGCACAACCUGCCCACGAAGGCCCUCGAGUACUUAUAGAAGUAUACUUUGAAACUGCUGACGAGAUUCGAUCCGCCUUAACCACCGGUCUCAAGUUCAAAAACGACGUCCUCAUCAAACCUUGCUUGGCUUUAACCUCCAAUGCCAACAUUACCAAAGUGCGCUUGUCUAAGCUCCCGUUCAUGCCCCCUGCACACUUGCUUGCGGGAAUUACUACUAGUUUGAAUGUAUUCGGUCGCGUCCUUGAUUGUGGACUUUAUCGCGAUGCUACUUCCGGUAUAUUCAUGGGGAACGGUUUUGCUGUACUGGACCGACAACCUAUUGCGGACGCUCAACCAUAUAGCGAAAUGUCACACAGUAUUUCGUGGCUCACAUCCGACGACUACUUCUAUGCUACCUGGGCCGCAAUGCCGUUACACUUUGGUCACAUCUCAGUUAACUGCACCGCGGACUGCGACCAUACUCAAGGCGCUAAAGGCAACAAUGGCUUAAAACGAAGACGAGUUCGUAACAUUACUACAGGCCUCACCGACCCAAUUACGGCUCCAACAACGCUUGUGCCACCUGAAUCUGACGUGGCAUCACCUUCUAUCGAGGUUCCACAACCAGACACGGUAACUCAGAACGAGGAGACAGUGCCUCUUGAAAGUGACUCGGACGACAGUGACGAUGAAGAUUUGAUGAACAUAGUCAAGGAGCUGGAAAAUGAUGUUACCGAAAAACGCCCCGACGCAACCAUCGACAAUGUAGCUACAACACUCAGCACCACCUUUGCUGAGAAAUCAUCCAACCCGUCAUCUUUUAACAACAUCCUGCAACUCGCAGCCGACCAACAACUUACGCCGAUAUGGCAUACCAACUACCCACUGUCCAACGAUGACCGAGCGCACUUGUCGGGACUCCCGGAGGCUGAACAGAAAGUGGCAGCGAUGAUGCUCCGACUCCACUUUCCACAAGUUGAAACAACAGUUACACGAACGGACCAACAACGAACAAAGAGUGAUACCUACGCCAACAACAACCACAACUUUUAUCACUACAAGAAACCAACGCUACAACAGACGACAUCACACAAUCCUUCGAUUUUCAAUUUCAACCUUCAGCAAGCUUAUGGACACAUCGAUGCGCCACAUUCAAUCGAGAUCCAGCACCUUCAACCAUUCUAUUUUUUGGUUAUCUAUGCGCCAGCAUCUUCCUCUUUACGGGAACGACACACGUUUUUCAACCAGCUGCUCUCAUCUUCAAUCUUCACCGACGACAGCGGUACCUACACUGAUCGCUUAAUCAUUGCAGGCGAUUUUAAUUACUAUUGCUACAGCUCGGAGCAUCAUAACUGUGUUCCUAGCGAAUGGCGUGCCAUUUAA